GCAAAGUGGCACGGAGUGAACGACUAUAUCUCGUCCUAUCAGUUGUUCAAUGACGAUUUUCGCAUUGUACUUUUAGUUCACUAUCAGCACUAGCAGGAGCAGUGCAUCGAUUCAAUCCGUGUGAAAAUCAUUACUUUGUGCUCUACAGUGCAAUAAACUGCAAUUAUAGUGUGUAAUAUACAAGCGACGGCUUAGCUGCACUUCGAGCAUUUUUGAAAUGUCAUCUGCACAGCUGACUACUGAAUCCAGUAAAGAAAACUUUCAAACAUACCAGACAGUGUACUAUAUUAUUAGCGAUAGUGAGGUAGUGAUUGAAAACCCGAAAGUGAAGGGACAUCUGCAAUUGCAAACGCUCAAACCAGUCAAUUUUGACGACAGUACUGGAGCAGCCCUAUCACCAGUGGUAAUCCAGAAACGCAGAAAAAUCGAACCUAAAGCCAUAACAACAAUGCAAGCGCAGCUACCCACUGGAGCCCAGACGGCUCAACCCCCUCAGCAGAUCCAGAUCGUCCAGCAGGUCCAACAAGCCCAGACCGUGGUCAUCCAACAGCAGCCGCCACCACAAGCAAUACAACAACUGCAACAGCAGCAAGUGGUGCAGAACAAUGCAAAAAUCGAUCAGGCACAGCAGCUGUCCUCUGUUGGCUUGCUGGAGUUGGCUCAUCGUGAAUACCAAGCUGUCGACUAUGAGAAUGCUGAACGCCACUGCAUGCAGCUGUGGCGCCAGGAGAGCAACAAUACCGGCGUCUUGCUGUUGCUCUCAUCGAUCCAUUUCCAGUGCCGCAGGUUGGACAAAUCGGCUCAAUUUUCGACACUUGCCAUCAAGCAGAAUCCUCUACUAGCCGAAGCUUACAGCAAUUUGGGAAAUGUGUACAAAGAGCGCGGUCAGUUGCAGGAAGCCUUAGAAAACUAUCGACAUGCUGUUCGUUUGAAGCCUGAUUUCAUCGACGGUUACAUUAACUUGGCGGCCGCACUCGUAGCAGCGCGUGACAUGGAGCAGGCAGUUCAGGCUUACGUUACUGCACUACAAUAUAAUCCGGACUUGUACUGCGUACGAAGCGAUUUGGGAAAUUUGCUGAAAGCCCUCGGUCGUUUAGAUGAAGCCAAGUGUAUUUUUCUGUCGCAAAGAACUAAUUUAAUUACAGCCUAGAACAGCAGUGCUUAGCUCUCAUCAUCUCCUGGACACAUAACCGGUGCUGCCACAUUUGGGAUAACGCAUAUUAUGACUUAAUUAGAUCCUUAUAGGAGAAAUGUUAGCUCCAACAGGUAAAGUAACAGGUUUGACGAAAAAUUAAGGCUUCGUAUAAAGAUCCUAGGCUCAGAAAUGUAUCUGUCAGAAAUUUUUUUGAUUAUUGUCGUUUCGAAUAAGUUUGUUUCUAACAACCCUGAUAAGUUUUAACUUGCCUUUACAACAACCGAUUCGAUGAAGGAAUUAUAAAAUUGUUUUGUCUAAAAUUGUUUAAUCUGAAUUUUAAACUGUACCAACUGAAAGACUGUCAUAUGGAGUAUUAAAAAACGAAAUCAAUACAAUUGAACCAUGAUCAAGUAAUUGUAACUGGAUUUUUUUUAUCGAUUUUGAGGGUUUGAAUCACUUUAAAUUUAAAACUUGGCCAGAUUCAAACCUCAUAAAAGUAAGUAGAACUUCUCUGCAGAUAUAUCUGAACUAUGAUCUGUAUCCGAAGGUUAUUUUAAGUUGUUAUGUUUUUGUUCCAAGCUGAAGGCCUUAUAAAAGGAAUUAAACCCUCGAUAAUUUAUUUGCAUUUUCGUGUUAUAUUGAUUCCUUUUAGAAGAUUCAGACAAUGGAUGAAUGUUUUAUGAUGGGUUUGAUAUGGAUAAAAAAUAAAUCAUACAUUCCUUUUUCCCCAUAAUGUGAAACACUCAUCCAUUAAUUGGUUUCCAAAGUUUAAUCUCUCCGUUUGGUCGAAACUGAGUAUUUCUAAAUUUUUGCCGGUUAAAAUUAGUAACGAAUUUCAUGGAUAACAUUCAAAUUUCAAUUUUGUCAUUCCGUUAAAAAUUUGUUCAAGAUUCCAAAUUCUUAAUGUUUUGAAUCAACUUAAUACUCUGUUCAAUGAAAAAGUUGACCACGAUCAUAACCAGUAGUUCAAGGGCAGAUUUUGUUUUCUGUACGCUCUGAUUCUACGAGUAACAUUAUAUUUGUUAACAGUGAUAAAAUGGUUGUCGUUAACAUACUCGUUCGUACGUCAUUGUUGAGAUUAAACAGUAUUUGAACAGCUAAUUAUUUAUGAGAUUUACAGCUAGAUUAAAAAAAACAAAUCCGCCUUCCGAGGACAGCAGCAGCAGCAGUAAUUGUGCAGUGGAUUCGAGUGGAAGCAGCAGCGGCUGGAGAUUAUUUGCUUGGCAGAUAUUUUUUGUAUAAAGUUUUUUUUUAUAAUAUUAAACACACAAUCGAAGUUUAUUUAUUAGAACUGAUGAAUUAGUUUUCAAAUUUAGCAAUAAAUCUCCCAAUAAUUGCAAAAUAAGUAAGCUUCGAUCUAUUCUGCUGAUUAUGUUGAGAUAGUUUUCCUUAUAUAAUUUUCCCAUAUGCUGUAUUUCUUAAAAGCAUUUUCUUCACAGGUGCACCUAACAUAUUUCCUACAAUUAUUGAUUUCAUAAUAAUGUUUUUUUACUAAAUACUUUUUCAGAUUAUUUUUUAAAUAAGUUUCAAAAAAGUUUAAAACCGUAAGUAUUUUUACUUUAAUUUGUGUUUUAUUGUUUUGAAGAAGGUGGUCCUAAGCUUGGAUUUUUUUUCUUGAAAGAACAAAUAACGACAAUUAGUCGUGCGUUGUAUGAGAUGAAAAAAAACACCAGGGAUUGGAUAAGAUUUAUUUGAAGCAUCUUGGGUUUUAACUAAAAUAGUCAACGGCAUGCCGUUGCCUGAAUGCUGCAUAAGAUAAACAACAUUACUCGUGUGCUGAUUAACCAGGGUUUCUUACGUUGUGGUUCAAACAGAUGAAACAAAUCACAAUUUUACACCUCCAUCCACUGUCACAAAUUAAGUAUAGGGUUAUUUUUAUUCAUGCGUAUUGAUAAACGAUUGCAUUGAUCUAAAGGAUUAAACCCUCUGUCUAAAUGUUUCUCAAGAAAAAUUCGAGAGAUUCGACGUUUAAAAGUAACAAAACAAGUGAAUAACAACAAGAAAAAAUGUUUACUUAUGCACUGUUGCUACAAAUUUCGAUCUCUUUCGGUUAACCAACUGAAUCAAGAAAACAAAAGUCCGAGAAAGAAUGACCUUUUAAUAGGUUAAAUUCCUAUAAAAAAGGGAAAAAAAGAAAACAAAAGUCAGAUCAGUAGAGAAUGUAAGUUCCAUUGUAAACUGAGAAAUAUUGAUUUGAUUUGGUUUUGGAUAUGUUUUCUCGAAUACGCAUUCGAAUUGUGUAUUAUUCUCGACUGAAUUUUGUAUAAGGUACACUGCCGUUCCGAGCCAAACUAUCCUAUGUGAUUUUCAUUUUUUUGCUGGAAACUGUUUCUUUAAGUGUUAACUUUCGAAUAAAAUACAAUCAAAUAUACUUUAUUCUGAACUUAUACGAACUUUCCAUCAAGUUGGCUGUCUCUAUGUUGAUAUUUCUACGCAAGAGUGUCACACUACAGAAAAUUCUAUGAAAAAUGCCAAUUUUGUCAAAAAAUUCUCUUAAGAUGAGUAUAAAUUGUUGGAUAUAAUGCUAUUCACUGAAAGGAUCACUACAACAGAGGAUGAGGGAGGAGUGAUUUACUUAAAGGAAUUUUAACCAACACUUUUGGGUGGCACUACUUACAGGAUCGAUACUCAAAUAUACAUUUUUAUAAACAAAGAGGAACGUGUUCCUCAAAUUACGGUUGAUUGAUUGAAUUCCUUUUUUUUUCUGGGAAAAAUAGAAACUAUCAAAAUAAUAUUAUUUUCCGUUUGUUGUAGAAAAUGUAAUUUUAUUUGCAGAAAACAUUGCAAAAUGAUGAACUAGAAUUGUUCACUACGAAAAAACUGUCGGUGAAUUUUUAGUUUGAGAGAAGUUGGAAAUAUAACGAAAAUUUCAAUUGAGUUCUUAUCGUUUGCACGUUUUUUCACAUGGGACAAUUUGGCUUGGAACGGCAGUACACUGAGGUUGUUAAAUGUUAAUGUUUAAACACCACUCUGUUAAAUCUGAACUUAAACACAUUAACUUAGAAUUUGGAGAACAAAAAAUCUAUCUGUGAAAAUUCGAUAUAUUUUUUUCAAGAGUUUUUAGCAUUCUGAUUUCUGUGUGGGUAUUACUUGAAAAAAAAAAAACAUUUUUAGAAAAUAGUAGGUAUGAAGUAUAGGUAAAGUAAAGUUUAAAAACCAAGUCACGGAUAUUAAUUCAACUUUUUUAAUUCUUGUGAAAUAGGCACAAUAUUUUAAUAAAAGAUUUUGAACCUCAAUUUGAAUAUGACAUCGCUAUUUUAAUUUAGAAGAAUCAUUAACUUAACCUAUGUAUUCACAAAUGCCCCAUCGACAUAAUUUGCGAAUUUUUAAGUUUUAUUACAAAAAUUUGCAGUGGCUCCAGAGAGCUUACCUUCUCAGGUUGUUCACUUUUCCCGUUUCGAAAUUUGUUUGUCCACCUGCUGAAAAAUAAUACCUACUUCCUAAUUGUUAAAGAAUAUCAAACUGCAGUUAGAUGCGAUCAUUUCGAAAAUAUUCAACCAAUCAGCAGAAUAACUAAACUAACUUUGCUCUUACAGCACGGGAACUGCAGAAAAUAAUCUGUCAAGCAAGUUUCUUUCAGCAUGCAGUUCAGCUCAUCGAGACCAGUACACCAGUUCUGCCUGUUGUAGUUUUAGAUUUGUUGAAAUUUUUUAUUGUUGCGUUUCAGUUCAAUACUCUCACCACUUGAUUAGCUGUUUAAGUAACUAGUAUACUCUUCCAUACAGCUUACAUUCCAAAUCGCAAGCAAAUGGACAAUGUCAGAACGAGACCGAAGUUGCGUAAAUCCGGAUUUAUAGAUUUUCUCCCUUGUUAUUUAUUAGAUUUUGAUCUGAAAAUUAUUAAAAUGCUGUCCAAACAGAGGACUUUUUGCCUCUUGUUGGAAGUUACAACUAUUUUAAUUAUUUUAGAGACGAAGAAAAUGGUCAAACGGUAAAGAGUUUGACAUCUCCAACCUAUUGAACCCCACGAUGGACUAAAAAUUACAUUUUCUUGCCAGAAUAAACAUCGAGCACAGAAAAAUUGCACUGUAUUCACUGGACAAACGAGGCAGAAGCAAUUGGGUUAUUUACAACUAGGUGCUGAGCUAUACAGCAGCUGUCCCGAAUCGGUAUAAUUUCAGUUUGAUCGUCUAGAAUUGAAUUCCUUUGUCUGUCCGUCUGAUCAACGAACAGUUGUGCGACGUAGAAGGUGGAUGCAUGCGUGUGGUCUGUAUCAAUUAGUUGAACAAAGAAUUCAACAAAAUUCGCGCGAAAGUAGUUUUCAUAUUUCUUCUGGCGAACUGGUCAAAAUAUUUGUUGCCAAUGCUUUUUUCGAUUGAAUUGUAUUUUGAAAUAAAACUUAAAUUUGGAUAUUUUAUCAAAUCGUUUGGCUAAAGUCAAGGCAAAGGAAUAUGAAACAGAACUUAACCAUGUGCAAGUUUAUUGCAAUUGUUGAUCUUUUAUAACUAGUACAGCGGAUCUUGUAGAUAGGUUAAUGUUAUCUAGCAGCUUGAAACGUAAAGUUGCGAAUAUCAGGCGCGAUUCUUAAUCGUCGACGUGUUAAAAUGAUCAUUC